GAUACGUCACCUUUGAACCCUGCUGUGUUGUUCGCACCUGAGAUUGUCUGAAAGCUGUGACUUUAUCGGUAUACUUACAUUCCAAAAUGUCCGGAGGGACCGAUGGGCAGCCGUACGCACUCCUCCAUGAGGAGGACCCACCGCCGUAUACAACAGCAAACACUGAUUCUAUUUCAACGCAAGGGCUGACCAGCAAAGAUGGCGUUGCGGGCACAUACGGAACCACACCAACUGCACCCCAUUACGGCUAUGCAGAUACACCUUAUCAAGGCUCUUCAGGGCAAGUACCAGCAUACAGCACAGUGGAUCCAACACCAAUGUACCAACCAACUUCUGAAACAGAUCAUAUUGUUGAGGGUGGUGGGUUUACAUCGGAAAAUUCCUUCUCUGAUAUGAAUGUUAGGAAUGGCUUCAUCAGAAAGGUGUAUUUGAUUCUAAUGGUUCAGCUGCUUGUGACUUUUGCUGUAGUAUGUCUGUUUGUAUUUUCUGAACCAAUGUGUGAUUUUGUGCAAGACAACCCAGGAUUUUAUUUUGCUUCAUAUGCAGUAUUCCUGGUUUGUUUCAUUGCAUUGGCCUGCUGUGGGGAUCUGAGACGAAAAUCUCCUACUAACUUGAUUCUCUUAGCGUUAUUUACUUUAUCGCUUUCUUACAUGGUUGGAACCAUAUCAAGUUUUUAUGAAACCAAGUCUGUCUUAAUCGCCCUUGGCAUCUGUGCAGGUGUUUGUCUGAGUGUGAGUCUUUUCUCCAUUCAGACAAAGUAUGAUUUCACAUCAUGUGCUGGUGUACUGUUUGCUUGCUGUAUGUGUCUCUUCUUCUUUGGAUUCUUCUGCAUCAUCUUCCGAUCGGAAAUCCUACAAGUCGUCUACGCUGGACUUGGAGCAAUACUUUUCACUCUGUUCCUGGCAUAUGACACCCAAUUGAUCAUCGGCAACAAACGUUACGCAAUCAGCCCUGAAGAAUACAUCUUUGCGGCCCUUAACCUGUAUAUUGACAUUGUAUACAUCUUUCUCUUUAUUUUAUCCUUAUUUGGGGGCAAAAAGUAAUUCAGGUUCUGGGGGAGAGGGUGUGUGUGGAGAUGCAAAGAUAUUUUUGAUUGUAUAAAAUAUAUAUCAAAAUAUUCCUGGGAAGUAGAAAAAUAUAUCAUCUUGAAAUGUUUAAAUAUUAUGUUUCAUUUUUAACAGAUUUAUUAUUCUCUUUGUUGCAUUAUGGGGGAUAGGUAUGUAUGCUAAGGUCACACUGUAAUUUCAAAGUCAACUUUUGUAACCAUUUACGAAAUUAAGCUAUCAUAAUUUUUGUCAUAUUUUUUUCAAAAUUUAUGAUUGAGAACUGUUGUCUAUAAGACAUUAUUAUACACCCAGCAUAGAAUAUAAAUGAAUUUACCUUUCCAUAGCAGUAUUUGCAAUUGUUCCCAAAAAAUGUCUGCAAAUUCUGUUGUAGUCACAUUCAAACACUUUGUUUUACAUUAUAUGCAGAAGUGUUAUAGAGCAUGAUGAUGGAAAGAUAAUUAUGUCUCUAAAUGCAUAAGUUAAAUUAUUACUAUAAUCAAAGAAAAGAUGUAUAAUGAAAAGCUGCGUGAGUUGUGAGAAUGACGCAAAGUAUGCUUUCAGGCAGUUAAGGUUUGCAUGGACCACCACUGUGUCUGAUAUUAUCACUGUACCGACAUACUUUGCAGUAUUCUCAUAAGCAACAUAAAAAUGGCGAACCUAAAUUUUGGCUUCAAAAAUGAUUUCAUUUGAUAAGUUAAUUUACAAAAAGUUUUAUUUUAUACACAUUCUAAUAAGGUUGUAUUUUGAAUUAAAAUAUAUUUUCUUUUGAGUGCAUUUCACUUCUUGGUGUGAUAAUCACUCGGAUUUGUAUGUAAAAACCUUCAGAACAUUGUAAG